CUUUCAACUAUAUACAGCGCAGUUAAUAAAACAAUUUAAAAAGGUGUACUUUUUUUACUACGUUUUAGAAAUGGUCGACAUUCAGCAUUUUCCUCAUCACAUUCUGGAAAUCAUCUUUCUAUAUCUCACGAGCCAAGAAGAUUUACAUAGAUGUCGACGUGCUUGUUCAAAAUGGCAUUCUGUAGCCACAAGACGCUUGUUCAAAAGGGUGGUUAUUUCACGCAAUCUAACAAAGUUCUUAAAGCUUAGAGCGAUGAAUAAGUCUACUAGAUUAAUAUCACUUGGAGAAUGCGUCAAGGAAAUGUAUGUUAGAAUGGAACGGAGUAUGUCGCUUGAAGAAUUUAAACAACUAGUCACUUAUUGUCCUAAUGUUGAAUCGAUCAAUGUUAGUUCUUGGCUAUAUCUAAUAUGUAUAUCAAAGCACUUACUUGAUAUUGAUGAUGAUAUCAAAUGGAGUCUCCGUCACAUCGUUGCUAAUGAUUCCAAUAAUCCCUCUAUUGACGUAUACUUGAAGUAUAAAGAUUCUAUAGUCUCCAUACACGCUCCAUCAGACGUAAAAGACUUGCAAUUCUUGGCAUCGUUUCCAUCACUUCAAACCUUUAUACAUCAAAGUAGCGUCAUCCAAUCUCUGCGGGAAUUCAUGUUUAUAUUUGACGCAUGUCCCAAAUUGACUCAUUUGUGUAUACAAACUACUAUAGAAGACGCUUCCUGUCUGAUAACAAAUCAAAAUAUAUAUCCUUCCUUAACCAACUUAGAAAUGAAGAUCACGUUCUCCAGUAUGACCAGGCCGAUGGUCGACUAUAUUUCAACUCGAUUUAUAAAUCUUUCAACGGUGAUUCUUAAUAUUCAUCAAACGAAUUCUUCAUCGUUUGAAGAAAACUAUACUCGUCUGGUGAAUACUCUUAUGACGCCAUAUAAGCGCCGUUUUUCUUUUAAAAUGACUCUAAAGGACUGUCGUAGACCAUUCGAUGGUAACACUCAAAUGGAGUUCACUCGCAUGCUUGCCAAAUGUACAAUUGAAGCAUUUAAGCUACAGCCAAGAACAUUUAACUCAAUGGAAGUCACUAAAGUAGAUUAUGAACCAGGUAUACAUAUCUAUGUGGACAAAAAGUUAUACUGUAUGCUUUUCACUUGGGCGCCAUUUUCUUAUUUGAUCGAUCAAGAUGCUCUGUCUGGAGGAGCCAUCCCUCGUUAUCUCCAUAAACUGACGUUCCAACGCCGUCGAGCUACCCUAACUCCGUUCAGGAAUGAUGGUUCACCCACCCAGAUUCAGGAGCUAAAUUUUUUUUACAAGUUACGAUCUUUUCAAAACUACUACUACAAUUCGCUGCAAACAUUGUCACUUUCUAGUGUUUUCGUUGAUGCCAGCUUUUUUCCAACAUUGAGACGUAUUUGCCCUAAACUAAAAGUACUCGAGUUAGGCAUGGGUCCUAUUAUAGUCUAUGGUAAUGAGGGGGUUAUCGACAUGCAAGACCUGAGGUUGCAAAGACUCAACUUGGCCAUACUACCUUGGGAUUUCUCAGGAAAUCCAUGGUUGGUAGUCGUAAAGACUCAUAAAGAAUAUGUAUACAUCAAAAUACACAAAAAUAGGAGAUAUAAUGUGCUCACUUAUGAAGAAGCUAUGGAAGAAGAAAGACAAACGCAAUUUCAUGAACGUUACCAUAUCUAUUGCUAUGAUAUCCAAGAGGUCUUUCGCUUUAAUAGGAAAAUAACACUCUAUUCUAACAGCACUAGCUCCAAUAUUGCAUAAAUGAUGUUCAAUGAUGAAGUCUACACUAAUUAUGUAUAUCGCAUUUCCCAUUAUCAUUAAAAGCUUGUUU